GUGGACCAGCGCACGUGAUGUGGUAGGACGUGAUGUGAGCUGCUGAACUCUCAUCCAUCCGCGCGCACAAGUUGCUCCCGGAGACAUCAAGAGGAUGGAGGUGGAGAUGGAGAGCUGCUCGGACCCGGGACACCGGGGAGACCUGCUCCCCAAAUAAUAUCCAUGAUGAUGAUGAUGAUGAUGAUGAUGAUUUUGGCGCCCUGUCCAAACCCCGCGCGUCUCCAAGUAACGCAGGCUUGAGUGAGUGAGUGAGCGCGCGCGCGGCGUCUCGAGACAGGCGACUUCCUCGGCGUCUUCACGCAGCAGCCGAUGGAGCAGGAGAACCUGUGAGAGCCUCAGUUCGUUCGGGAGGAUCGGGAAUGUCUGGGAUGUCCGGGAUGUUCGGGAGGAGGAGGAGGAGGAGGAGGCUGUCCGGGACCGUUACCCUGCCGCUCCUCGUGGCGCUCGUGUGCUGCGCGCGGAGCGCCAAUGAACCAGGAAACAUGUCUUUCGUGAAGGAGACAGUGGACAAGCUGCUAAAGGGAUAUGACAUCCGUCUCCGUCCUGACUUUGGAGGUGCUCCAGUGGCAGUUGGGAUGACCAUCGAUGUGGCAAGCAUCGACAUGGUGUCUGAAGUCAAUAUGGACUUCACGCUGACGAUGUAUUUCCAGCAGUACUGGAGGGAUAAGCGUUUGGCGUACUCGGGGAUUCCUCUGAACCUGACCUUGGACAACAGAGUGGCAGAUCAGCUCUGGGUUCCUGACACUUACUUCCUGAACGAUAAGAAGUCCUUCGUCCACGGCGUGACCGUCAAGAACCGCAUGAUCCGGCUUCACCCGGACGGAACCGUCCUCUACGGUCUGAGAAUUACCACGACUGCUGCUUGCAUGAUGGACCUGAGGAGAUACCCGCUGGACGAGCAGAACUGCACCCUGGAGAUAGAGAGCUAUGGCUACACCACUGAUGAUAUCCAGUUCUACUGGAGAGGAGGAGACAACGCCGUGUCCGGUGUGUCCCAGAUUGAGCUUCCUCAGUUCUCUAUCGUCGACUACAAACUGGUGUCGCGGAACGUCGUCUUCUCCACAGGAGCUUACCCACGCCUAUCACUCAGCUUCAAGCUAAAAAGGAACAUUGGAUAUUUUAUCCUGCAGACCUACAUGCCCUCCAUCCUGAUCACCAUCCUGUCCUGGGUCUCCUUCUGGAUCAACUAUGAUGCUUCAGCUGCGAGAGUGGCUUUAGGUAUCACGACAGUCCUCACCAUGACUACCAUCAACACCCACCUUCGAGAAACGCUGCCCAAGAUCCCAUAUGUCAAAGCCAUAGACAUGUACCUGAUGGGCUGCUUCGUCUUUGUCUUCUUAGCCCUACUCGAGUACGCCUUCGUCAAUUACAUUUUCUUCGGACGAGGCCCUCAGAUGCAGAAGAAAAUGGCGGAGAAGGCCGAGAAAGCCAACAACGAUCGGACUAAAUACGACGGAAACAAGUCUGUUCAGGAGGGAGGGAAUUGCAAGGCGUCUGGAAUUAAACAGUCCAAUCAGGUACAAGGUCACCGUCACUCACAAGGGGUGGACUCUCAGGGGAACAUCCUGCUGACCACGCUGGAGAUCCAUAACGAAGUGGCCGGGACCGAGAUCACCACCAGCGUCAGCGACGCGAGAAACUCCACCUCUGUGAUGUUGGAUAACUCAGGGAUCCAGUACAGGAAGGCGGGCGGGCUGCGGCGGCACAGCGUGGAGCGCAACGCGCAGCCCAAAAAGGCUCGACUGCGCAGACGCUCGUCACAGCUGAAAAUCAAAAUCCCAGAUCUUACGGACGUCAAUGCCAUCGAUCGAUGGUCACGGAUAAUAUUCCCCAGCGUCUUUUCCCUUUUCAACCUCAUCUACUGGCUUUACUACGUGAAUUAAGCCAGAGAUUCGAGUCUCCUUUCCCUUUUCUUUUCCCUUUACUUUUCAUUUCACAGCUAAUGAACUUUUUUUCUUCAUUUUUUUUUUCAAGGACGGUUUCAGUUCAUGCUAAUUUUUGCAUUUCAGUGCAGCGUACGAACGCGUACGGACAGCCUCAUAGAACAACAGACAAAUACGUUUUCUAAACUUCGAAGCCAUGAGACUCCCGCGUGAUGUGAUCGGACCCUUUUUAUUGGCUCACAUCAACCUGCAUCGACAAAAAAUAAAGGCAGAGGAGAAACACACACACACACACACACACA